AAGAGUCAAAACCAAACUCACCUUCCUGCCUCCUUUUUCCCUUUCAUGGCAUACCUUGAAAAUUGAAAGCCUAAAGAACCCUUUUUCUUCUCCAACAGUCAACCGCCAUGGCACCCUCCUUUCUCAGCUUUGUCUCCUUAUACGGCAUCUACCUCCGCCGUUGCUUUGCCACCUCCGGCCUCACUUCACAAUUCAUCGACAUCGAUGACCACACCACCAUCCACUUAUGGGCUCCAAAUCCCGACCACCAAACUCCACAGCAACAAAAACCCUCCUUGCUUUUGCUCCAUGGGUUCGGUCCCAGCGCUAUGUGGCAAUGGCGUCGACAGGCCCAAUUCUUCUCCCCUCACUUCCACGUCUACGUUCCCGACCUGGUUUUCUUCGGUGAUUCCACCACAAAGUCCAAGGAAAGGUCGGAGGUAUUCCAAGCAGUUUCGAUGGGGAAGCUGAUGGAGAAGCUUCAAGUGAAGAAGUACCACGUUAUGGGGACCAGCUAUGGAGGGUUUGUGGCGUACCACAUGGCCAAACUGUGGCCGGAGAAGGUGGAGAAAGUGGUGAUUGCGAGCUCUGGAGUAAACAUGCGGAAAGCAGAUAACAUGGAGUUGUUGCAAAGAGCUAAUGUGGAGAACGUUGAAGAGAUUAUGCUUCCCGAGACGGCCACUCAGUUAAGGACAUUGACUCGUUUGGCCAUAUCAAGGCGUUUCACCAUGGUUCCUGAUUUUUUCUGGAAGGACGUGAUUAACCAAUUAUACUCAGAAAACAGAAACGAGAAACUGCAACUUUUAAAGGGAAUUACCCUACUGGCUGGUGAUGAUUCAUGCAAGCUACCUCCACUUCAACAGGAUGUGCUGAUAGUUUGGGGAGAUAAAGACCAGAUAUUCCCUUUGAAAAUGGCUUAUGAACUCAAGGAGCUUACUGGGAAGAAGACAAGGCUGGAAAUAAUACAAAACACAUCUCAUGUGCCCCAGAUUGAGAACUCAACACGGUUCAACAACAUUGUCAAAAACUUCCUAUGUGGGUCCUCAUAAAUUCCCUAUAUAAAUAUGUAAUGUUAUGGGAUUAUAAUUCAAGAAAAGUUUCCAUCCCCAUCAAAA